AAAUCCAUGUAAAAUGGGUAAAGCAUCGAAGGAUAAACGUGAUACUUACUACAGACAAGCCAAAGAAGAAGGAUGGCGAGCCCGAAGUGCCUUCAAACUUCUACACAUCAACGAAGAAUUCAAUAUUUUAGAAGGAGUCACCAAAGUAGUAGAUCUAUGUGCAGCUCCUGGAAGUUGGAGUCAGGUUUUAUCAACUAAAUUAAGAACAAACACAAACGAUGCAAAAAUCGUAGCAGUCGAUCUCCAACCGAUGGCACCUAUUCCUGGAGUUAUUCAAAUCCAAGGAGAUAUAACUGAAUUAUCAACGGUUAAAAAAAUACUUUCACAUUUUGAAAACGAACUAAUCGAAUUAGUUGUUUUCGAUGGAGCUCCUGAUGUGACCGGAAUCCACGAUUUGGACGAAUUCGUCCAAGGGCAACUUCUCCUGGCUGCUGUGAAUAUAACUACAUUUUUAUUAAAACCAGGAGGCGCAUUUAUUGGUAAAAUAUUCCGAGGAGCUGACAACGCUCUGUUGAAAUCUCAACUUUUAUUAUUUUUCAAAGAUGUUGUGAUUACUAAACCGAGAAGCUCGAGGAAUUCAAGCAUGGAAUCAUUCGUCGUGUGUAGAGAUUUCGCUCUGCCGGAGAAUUAUGAACCUAAUUUGUUGAAUCCUAUUUUACAUAAUACGAAAUUCGAAUGGGAUAGUUUGAAAGGCACGAAUCGAUACAUUAUACCUUUCAUGUGCUGCGGUGAUCUCAGUGCCUUUGAUUCCGAUAAAGGCGAUUUACUCAAGCUCAGCGAACUUGCUAAAGACUUUCCAAAACCAUUCUACCUCGAAAAUCGCGAAAUACUAUCGAAAUGCGGCGAAUAUAAAAUCAAGAAACCUGAAACUGAAACCGAAACGUCAUGACAGUGAUGCACGUUCCUACAAGCGUUGAUUAAAUUAAGACAAAUUGUAAAAAAAAUUCCUAUUUAAUAAAAAAUAAAAAUUCGCACUUAGGUACUUUCAACCAUUA